AUGAAGACAUCGACGACGACGACGCCUGCUCUCACCGCCACGGUGCUGGCGGCGGCGGCCUUGAUCCUGGGCGCCCGCAGCGUCGACGCGGCGGUGGCAGACACGUGCAAGGCGGCCGCGGCCAGCGACGUGCGCGUCAACGUGGACCUGUGCAUGUCGAAGCUGGGCAGCCACCGCGGCAGCCUCGAGGCGGCGGACGCCUGGGGCCUGGCCAAGGUGGCCUCGCUCGUCGGCGUCGACAACGCCAACCUCGCCGCGGCGGACGUCAAGGCCCAGGAGGCCGCGGACCCCAACGUGCGCGUGAAGCCGGCGCUCGCCAGGUGCGGCACGCUCUACAAGGACGUGGGCAUGUGGUUCGCGGGCGCGCACGACCAGAUCAGCAACCACGCCUACCCCGCGGCCAAGCAGAGGCUGGACGAGGCCCUGGCGCAGACGCAGCUGUGCAACGCCGCGUUCGCGGCCGCCGGCGUGACCCUGCCGCAGCCGCUGGCCCUGCACACCGUCGACUGCAUCCAGAUCGCCAUCAUCGCCGGCGCCAUCACCAACCUCAUCAAGUGACUUCUCCUUUUCUUCAGCUAAGUACAGUAGCAUCUAAAUAGCUGUUGGCACGGCGGUGGCCUCGUUUCUUGACAUUUUUUUUAGUCAUAUUAGCGUUGUUGUAAUCGCGCCCCGCAUUCGGAAGAACCCGGCAAGUUGAGAAA